AUGAAUGAAGAAACAUCACCGUUGCUCGGUGGGCAGCAAAAACCCACCACAAGAUGGCUAUGGGUUUACUUGCUGUCUUUGCACACUUUCUUCAUAUCCCUUGCUUUUUCUAUGGUUAACACGCCUAUGUCGCAGCUUCUUGAAGAUAAUCUUUGUCAUCGAUAUAUUCGGGGAGCUGCUAAAGGAACGACUUUCAAGGCGGGGCUUUGCAAGAAUAAUCAUAUCCAAUUUGAGUUGGCUACUAUCAUGGGCUACAUGCCCGUGAUGGAAGCGCUCGUUAGUCUCACGACAGCCUUCCCAUUCGGGGUCUUGGCCGAUAGAAUUGGCCGCAAACCCAUUCUUUAUCUUGCAUUUGCCGGGUCCAUACUUUCCAAGUCAUGGAUACUAUUUGUCCUCGCUUUUCCAUCAGUCCUACCGGUACAAUACGUAUUAGCCGGGCCACUCUUUCUCGUCGUCGGCGGUGGAUUAGCCGUCCAACUAGCAGCGUUGAACUCCGUCGCAUCGGAUCUAGUAUCCAAAUCAGAAAGGGCAUCGGCAUUCUUUCUCCUGACAUUCGGAAUUCUAUCCGGUUCAGCUGUCGGCCCUUUCGUCUCUUCCAAACUCAUGAACUCCUAUUCACCUUGGAUCCCGAUCUUUCUAAGCCUCUGCAUGUGGCCCAUCGGCGUGGUGAUUCUGAUGUUCGUACCAGAGACAUUACCGAAAUCACAGGAUCCUAUCGUCGAAAUUGGCCGCGCACCUUCAGUACUGAAACCCAACACAUUAAAGUCGCACCUAUCGGAAUCCGUUCAGCUUUACAAAGCUUCUCUCGCUUCAUUACGAACUCCCUCGAUUGUUAUUAUCAUCGCCGCUAACAUCAUCGACAUGCCCGAGGAUAUGGCCACCUCGGGAUUUUUCACACAGUUUAUUAGUAAACGGUUUAAUUGGACGUUCGCUGAUGCGGGUUAUCUCCUUGCCAUGCGGGGAGUCAUUCAGAUGGCUGUGUUGUUAGUUGCACUUCCAUUGUUAUCUCACCUGCUGUUACGAUGGCAGCAGCCAAAUGUGCGGGACUUGACACUUGCACGGUUUUCGGCUGCAAUUGCUACCGCGGGGGCACUUUGGAUGGCUGCAUCGAAGGUGGAUGUUGUUAUUGCAGGAUUGGCGUUCCAGAGUCUAGGGGGUGGCAUGCUUCCAUUGUGUCGGUCUUUGGCUCUUGGUUACGUGCCAGUAUCAGAGACCUCUAGACUGAAUACGUUGAUUGGAAUUGUGGGGACAUCGGGCUCGAUGUUGGGGCCAGUGCUUACUUGGUUGUUUGAGUUGGGUCUUAAGAAAGGUGGCGUUUGGGUUGGGCUUCCUUAUUUUGGGCUGGCUGGGGCGUUUUUGUUAUGUUUUGUUGGGUUGCUGUUUGUUCAGGCGCCUGUUUCAAGAGAGGAGGCUGAUGAGGUUCAUUCUAUAAGAUAUAUAGAUGAGUGCAGAUUGGUAGAGUGUUGA